CUGCUCUUCUCUUUGACUUUCCAGAGAAACCAGAGUUAGUGUUCGGGAGAUCCAAUCCCAACAAUCAUGAAGCUCUCCUUCUCUCUUCCCUCGAAACCCUCCUCCAAAUCUAAACUCACCACCACCACAACCGAUCGCAGGGAAGAGUCUUCCAAAGAGUUCUUAACUGAAUUCACCACUGCCACAGCUACAGGCCCCGCUCAAAAUGGCGACCACCGCGAAACCCUAGGGCCACCAAGGCCCAAAUACGUUAUCCCUCCCAAGGAAAACGAAUGGCGGCCUCACAAGAAGAUGAAGAAUCUCGAGCUUCCCCUUCGCUCAGACGACCCCGACGCCGUUGGUUUCGAGCUGGAGUUACCCUCCGUCGCCGCCGACGACAACAAUAUUUCGUAUGGCCUCAAUCUUCGGCAGAGCGUUAAAGAUCCUGAGAAUGGCAACGAUGAUGGUCGCAGCGAGCGGCUGCGAUCGGCUCCGACGGAACACGUGCUUUUGCAGAGCUUCAAGGAAGAUAUGAAGAAAUUGCCGGAUGAUCGGGGCUUCGAGGAAUUUGAGGAAGUUCCUGUGGAAGGAUUUGGUGCCGCGUUGCUUGCUGGAUACGGCUGGUACGAAGGAAGAGGAAUAGGGAAGAACGCCAAAGAGGACGUCAAGGUGAAGCAGUAUGAAAGGAGAGCCGGGAAGGAAGGGUUAGGGUUUGUAGCGGAGAAACUCCCACGGGUCGAUUCCAAGAAGAAGGAGAAGGAGAAAGAGAGUCGACAUGUGAGAGUAAUUUCGGGCGCACACAUGGGCUUAAAGGGUAAAAUUAUUGAGAGAUCGAACGCCAAUUGGGUUGUUGUGAAGCUAUCAAAGUACGACGAGGAAGUCAAAGUACACCAUGCUGAUGUUGCAGAUGUUGGUUCUAAGGAAGAAGAGAAAUGGCUGAAGAGUUGGAAGGAAAUGAAGGAGUUGGAGAAUCUUCGGCAGUCAAAGAUUAGGGAAGAGAAAGCACCAAAUCGUAAGGAAAAGGAGAAAGGGGUUAGUAAAGGAAGCAGCCAAAAUGAGAAGAAAAGUGGCUAUUGCGAUGCUCAAGGCCGCCAUGAUCAUAGCAAAAGUGACAGAGAACGAAUUCCGUGGCUUAGGAGUCAUAUUCGCGUGAGGAUCAUUAGUAGGGAUUUUAGAGGGGGAAGAUUAUAUUUGAAGAAGGGAGAGGUUGUGGAUGUGGUAGGACCGACAAAAUGUGACAUAUCUCUUGACGAGACUGGUGCUGGGUUAAUACUCAUUUGCCAUUCUCUCUUGUCCAGUUAG